AUGAGCUCUUGCUCAAUCAAUCACAUCUGGACGGCGGGGGACCCGUGGUUUGUGCAAUGUGACAAGGAUUGGCCUGUCUGCUUGUUGAUGGCACGGAGACCGUGGGCUGUUCUGCUCGCAUUGGGACUUUUUAUUGUCAAGCUGCACCCAGUGACAUUGAUCAACAUCAGUGAGGUUGUGGGCCGGCCCCGCUGCCUGAGUCUACACUGGAUGAAAUCAGAGAGGACGUUCCUGAUCGCCACCAGUGAGAUCCACCAGGGGGCGCUGGAGUCCCAGGUCCAGUUCAGAGCUCAGAGACAGUCGGCUGUGACGGUGGCGACACUUUUGUGA